CUCCAAAAAUUUUGAAAAGAUCCACAAAAGUGGUCUUCCAAGCUUUGUGAAAAAUGGUGACUUCAUCCAGCUGCCAGUGGACCUGUGGUUCGGCCUCCAUAAACUUCUGACAUUAAUCAAAAAUGUCAUGGUUGUGGCUAUUCAGACUGGGCUAAGGAGACUUAGUAAUUUUGGCCACGGAUGGAGAAAGAUUGAUGACAUCAAAAGAGUGUUUUUAUUUCCAAGUAAAAAAGCAGUGUACAUCUCUGAAAACUGGAAGGAUAACGCGUUUUUUGGGAGCCAGUUCCUUAAUGGAUGUAACCCAGGAAUGAUACAGAAGUGCACUGAAAUCCCAGAGAAAUUUUCUAUCCCAGAGAUAACAAAAAAAUAUUCUAACAUCAAAGAGCUCAUCAAGAAUGGGGAAAUUUAUAUGGUUGAUUAUGGACUGCUUGAUAACGUUAAAGAGGGCAUCAUUGAUGACCAUGAGCAGUUUCUGGCUGCACCAGUCGUACUUCUUCAGGAGAUGGAGCAGGGACUGAUGCCCAUCGCCAUCCAGUUGAAACAAAAGCCUGGUGAGGAGAAUCCUAUCUUCACUCCAAAGGACAAACCCGAGGCCUGGCUUCUGGCGAAGAUCUGGGUCCGUAACUCUGACUUCUACAUCCAUGAGCUGGUAUCCCACCUUCUGAAGACACACCUGCUGGCUGAGAUCUUCUUCUUCAGCAUCUUCACAUGCCUGCAUGAUCACCAUCCAAUCCUAAGGAUCUUUGCUGUCACCGGACGAUACACAAUACCAAUCAAUGUAAUUGCCAGAUCUACACUCAUCAACGACACCGGCUUCUUUAUGAAGUACACAGGCUUUGGCAAGGACGCCCAGUGGGAGGUGUUACAGAGAGCAGUCAAACAACUGACAUACAAGAGCCUCUGUCUGCCUGACAACCUGACGAGCCGUGGAGUGCAGAAGCUGAAGAACUAUCACUACCGGGAUGAUGCCAUGCAAAUCUGGGAUGCAAUAUCUGAAUUUCUUCGGAAGGUUGUUGAUACAUACUACAAUGAUGACAGUGAUAUUAAAAAGGACAAAGAACUUCAGAACUUCUUGUACUAUACUCACUCUUAUGGACUUAAAAUAAAAGAUUUCCCUGAAACUGUGGAUACUAAAGCAGAAGCAGUCAAAUACCUGAGCAUGGUGAUGUUUACCUGCUCAGCUCAGCACGCCGCCGUGAACCACGGACAGUAUGAUACUUACGCUUGGAUGCCAAACGGUCCCACAACAAUGAGGCAGCCCCCACCAAGGAACGCGGACGAGGUAGAUGAGGAUUACAUCAUCAAUACUCUGCCUGAUUUGGACACGACCCUGCAGGGCAUGUCUGUAGCCCGGUUCCUCAGUCAAGCCACUGAAGAUUUUGUAAGUGCUUAUCUGUUUGCUGGUACUGAACCUUUUCCAGUUAUUCCUUGAUCCCUAUGUUCUUAUCCCUAACUGACUCAUUCUGCUCUGUUAGCCUGUACUGGUA